CUCCAUAACCGUGACAUCGAACCAACACCCAAGACAGUCAGUUUUUUCAUUUGCUACAUGGCAAAGCAAACUGGGAGAUCCGGUAAUCCUUUAUCCAUCCAAACGAUUAUUUCAUACUUAUUGGGAAUUGUCCAUCAUCUUCAACCUUUCUAUCUGGGAGCCCAAGCUGUCAGAAAGCAUCUUCUCAUCGUUGGGGUCCUUCGUGGUGUGGAACGAACAGAUGGUGAACCGAUCAGAUGGAAGUUACUGAUUGAAUCUCAUCUUCUGGUUGAUCGCUAUGUGGUUUCAUCAGAGUUUGACAAUCAUUUGUUCUUGGCGAUUUGCUUCACUGCCUUCCACGGUCUUCUUAGGAUUGGGGAGUUAGUGGUCCCAGAUGAUACUUCAAAAUUGAACUUUUGGAAACUCACCCUAUGCUGCUCCAUGGAAUUUAUACAUCAUGAUGCCAUUAACACAUACCAAUUCUUACUGCCAACGCAUAAGACUGAUUGUAGGGAAUGGAUUCUCGUGGUCAUUCAGUCUCGAGUUUUCCCAUUGGACCCGCUCUAUUUUUUCAAGCUAUAUAUUCAGAGUCGUGAUGCACUCUUUCCCUUUUUUCCUCAUCUUUGGAUACGUGGCGAUGGAUCUUUACCUUCUCGAUCCUGGUUCUUGCGGAAGCUACAUGCUGUUCUUCCCAAGGACUUCUCUGGCCAUUCUUUCCGUUCGGGAGGGGCUACACAUUUAGCUUCACAAGGUGUGCCUGAGUCUACGAUCCAA